AUGCCUCAUGGACUCAUGCCUCAUGGACUCAUGCCUCAUGAACACAUGCCUCAUGGACUCAUGCCUCAUGGACUCAUGCCUCAUGGACUCAUGCCUCAUGGACUCAUGCCUCAUGGACCCAUGCCUCAUGGACUCAUGCCUCAUGGACACAUGCCUCAUGAUUCCAUGCCUCAUGGACCCAUGCCUCAUGGACACAUGCCUCAAGAUUCCAUGCCUCAUGGACCCAUGCCUCAUGGACACAUGCCUCAUGGACUCAUGCCUCAUGGACCCAUUCCUCAUGGACUCAUGCCUCAUGGACACAUGCCUCAUGGACACAUGCCUCAUGGACACAUGCCUCAUGGACUCAUGCCUCAUGGACCCAUGACUCAUGGACCCAUGCCUCAUGGACUCAUGCCUCACGGACUCAUGGCUGACGGACUCAUACCCAUGGACUCAUGCCUCAUGGACUCAUGCCUCAUGGACUCAUGCCUCAUGGACUCAUGCCUCAUGGAUCCAUGCCUCAUGAACACAUGCCUCAUGGACCCAUGCCUCAUGGACACAUGCCUCAUGGACCCAUGCUUCAUCAAUCUGAUCUCAUCGGAGGCGAAUGAGAUCUGCAUCAAGGAGGACAAGCGCACCAUCGCCCCCGAGCACGUGCUGCUGGCGCUGGAGGUGAGAGGGGGGGCGAUUGGUCCCCCCUCUUGUGUUGCCUGUCACCCCCUCGCUUGCUCGUGCGCGUGCAUGCAGUCGCUGGGCUUCAGCAGCUAUCUGGCGGAGGUGCAGGCAGCAUACGACCAGCACAAGUCUGAAACACUGGUGACCCACGCACGCCCUCUCGCCCCUCCACACACUCCCCUCCUCUCGGCCGUGUUCCAUGGUGCAACCCACUAUUCAUCCCAUCGCCUCCACUUCCUCCAUUGCCUGCAUGGCCUCUUCUGGGGUCACUCUGCAGGCUGGGGUGGUGGAGCAGCAGCAAGCCAUUCGUGGGACAUACAUGAGUCACCACGGGAGCUGGGGCGGUCGAGCAGCAGCAAGGCAUCGGGUGUCAAAUCCCGGCCCCUCCCACUGUCACGCCCUCCCCCUGCCCGUCGCACCCUCCCCCUGCCCGUCGCGCCCCCCCCCUGCCCGUCGCGCCCUCCCCCUGCCCGUCGCGUCGCCUCCCCUCCCCUUCCCCUGCCCGUCGUGUCGCCUCCUCUCCCCCUGCCCGUCGCGUCGCCUCCCCUCCUCCUGCCCGUCGCGUUCGCCUCCCCUCCUCCUGCCCGUCGCGUCGCCUCCCUUCCCCCUGCCCCGUCGCGUCGCCUCCCCUCCUCCUGCCCGUCGCGUUCGCCUCCCCUUCCCCUGCCCGUCGCGUCGCCUCCCCUCCCCCUGCCCGUCGCGUCGCCUCCCCUCCUCCUGCCCGUCGCGUUCGCCUCCCCUUCCCCUGCCCGUCGCGUCGCCUCCCUUCCCCCUACCCAUCGCGUCGCCCUCCCCUCCCAAUGCCGUCGCCCUCCCCUGCCCGUCGCGUCAACCUCCCCUCCCCGCCCCUUUCCUACCGUCGCGCCCUCCUCCCUGCCCCUUCUCACCGCCGCGCCCUCCUCCCCACCCCUUCCUACCGUCACGCACCCUCCUCCCCGCCCUCUCCUACCGUCGUGCGCCCUCCCCCCGAGCCCACCGUGCCCUCGCCCUCACCUAGGCUCGCGCCUCCGCGUUAGCCCGUUCCCACCCGCAAUUGGCACGCGCCCGAACCCCACUACCGCCCUGCGCGCGGGGCCCUGGACAACUCUUUUGCCACUGGUCUCGCCCUCAGCGGCUGGCAGCCGCUUUCUUUCGUCGGCCACCUAG